ACUUGAGCAUAUAAUCCUUAUUCCAAAUCCAAACAUACAUAUUACAUAGGAUAAUAAUAAGACCAAAUAAAACCAUUAUUUGUCUCCCCUCUAUUUUAUCCACUCUCAAGAACCCAUGGAAACACUACUUCCUACCAAUAACAAACACUUCUUCUCUACUCCUCCAACUCCAUGUACACCACAACACAAGAAUCAACAAUCUUUGCAAGACGAAGAAGCCGAAGAAGAAAAGGAUACAAACAUAGAUAAUAACAAUAAUGCUUUGUUAUUAUUGGAUUUGAAUGUCUCCGGCAACCAAGACGAUCUGGACGACGGAUCGCCCGAACUCAACCUCAUAACUUGUUUGGAUAUGGAUUCAUUAUCCAAUCACAAAAAUAAUUCUCCAUCAGAAGAAGAACCGUCAUUAUUACCAGACAAAUCGAAUUGUCUUGGUGACGGUUCAUCUUCUUCCGACGUAGAAAUGAGGGUUUUUUCUUGCAAUUAUUGCCAGAGAAAAUUCUACAGUUCGCAAGCACUUGGCGGACACCAAAACGCUCACAAAAGGGAGCGAUCGAUAGCCAAGAGAGGCCACAGAUUCGGGACGCAAAUACUCUCCUCUACACCAGCCUUUGGAAUGAUUCCACUUCGCUACGCCGCCGCCUCCGCCGUCAGCAUAGCGUCUCUGCCGCUCCACGGCAGCGCGUGUGGCAACAGAGGACUCGGAAUUCAAGCUCAUGCAAUGAUCCACAAACCUUCACACAAUGGACACCAUCACGGUUGGUCAAGACCCCUUAUUGAUCCACAACCGGGUGUUGCAAAACUGGCUAUGGCGGAUUUUCAUCGAACUUCGGCAUUAUCGGCGUCUAGAGGAAGCGUCGGAAGAUUUGAAGUGGUGAACACUGUGAUGAAUUCAGCAUCGCCAAAUAAAGAAAUCAGUGGGUUUUUUCUUAGUAGUGGAACUCAUCGUCAUCAUCAAGAUGAAAUCAAGCACCUUGAUUUGUCUCUCAAGCUUUAAGUGAUGCUAUCAAAUUUUCUCUAUAUUUUGUUAAUUAGUUAGAUCAAUUAGGGAGUCUUAAGAUGAUUUUUUUUUUAAUUAUUCACUGUGUGAUAUAAAUAUUAUUGUGCAUAUUUAAUUUUGCUUCUUGUGAGGAUCAAAGUUCAUUACCAGUUACAAUAGCUUUAGAUAUUUUCUCAGGUUGAGUUA